GGAGGGGGGAGUGAGUACGUUUCACAGGAUCCAGGCCUAGCAGCAGUGUUGCCGCCGGGACUCUCUCCUCAUCCGCUCUCACUAAAUCGGAAUUUGGCACCUUAGAACGCCACGAUGAGCGCGGCGCGGGUCAGGUUCGCCGUGGGCGACACCGGAAUGGGAGGAACCAUGCCAGCAGCAUGAGUGGGCCUCAUGGAGGCCCUGGAAGGGAGACACGUCAGUCCAGCUGCCCUUUGACCUCUGGCCAUGACCUCUUCACCCACUCGUGCUCCUCCAGACAUCAUGACCACAGACUCGGCGUAAGCAUGUCUGCCGCUGCCUCGUCCCUGAAGCAUGCCUCCGUGUAUGGCUUUGCACAAAAGGAGCACCCCUCCUCCUCCUCGUCCUCCUCUUCCUCCUACAGCCCUUUGAGGAGGCUGCAGCACCUCACCAGCAUGGUGAGCAACCCUGACCUUGUCCUGCCGGCGAGGGAGCCGGAGAGGAGCUGGGACUGGGGGACACACAGGAGGGAGAGGGAGAGGGGGGAGGAGCAGCAGAGGGACUCCUGGGCCGAUUGCUCCAGCAGGCGUCGUCCUGUGACCCAGAACACGAGUAAAGAGGAGAGCUUUGGUCACGGUCCUGCUCCAUCAAAACAACCCGAGGUCCAAACUGGAAGUAAAGACACGCCGGCGUCCACUCAGAGUGAUCCUGUCCCCACGGACAAAAAGACAGAGGGACAUUUCUCAGGCCCGCCGAGCCCCGCGUUCUCUCUCGACAGCAACAGUCCCUUCGCUAAUGGCUUCCUCCAUUUUGAGUCCUCUCUGUUUGAGGACGACGACGUGGAUCGAGCGCAAGAGACGAGGUCACCCGUGGACGCCUUCCAGGACAAACACGAGAGGACGGAGAACGUUCCUCAGCCCGCUCCUGGAGAUCUAAACGUGAACUCUCAGGACGCUACAGCGUCGGCGGGAACCAAGGUCGUCACGCGCUCGCAGUCGUCUGGUCAACGCCGGAGAUACUGGGACGGCUCGGAGGACGACUGGGACAGCGACACUGACCUCUUCCUGUUUGUGGACAGUCCCUCGCAGCAUUCAACGCAGCAGAACAGCCUGAAGAAAAAGUCUCUGCCGCCGCUGAAGUUUUUAGAGGGCGAGAUUAUUUGGGCAAAGUUCAACCGACGACCGUGGUGGCCCUGUGAGGUGACCUCUGACCCCGCACUGGGGAUCUAUCACAGAGUGAAAGAGCCCAGCGAGCGUCCAUGUCGCCUCUACCAUGUGCGGACGUUUGGCGAGUCUGUGGAAGAAGUCUGGGUGGAGGACAAAUCAACUCACUCUUUCCAUGGAGGCUUUGAGUUUGAGCAGCUACUGCGGCGGAGAGGGAAGCAACGAGAGAAGAACAAUAAAUACACUAUUGCAAAGCGUUUCCAGGACUCGUGGAGGUUAAGCGUCGCAGAAGCUGAGUCUAUCCUCCCACUGCGACCCAAAAUGGCUUCCCCUGUAUCUUCAGCCGCAGAUUACGCCUUCCAGUUCAGUUCCUCCGUGGAGAGAGAGGACAAGGCCCUUCCAACCCUUUCUACAUGCACUUCGCCCGUCUCCGCUCCCCCUGAGACGUCACAGCGAGUCGUCAAUGGAUCCGUUUCAUCCCCAACGACACCUCCAGCAAAGCCAAGCACUUUACAGAAAUCUUCUGGCAAGAAGAAACCGAGUAAAUCAAUAAAAGACAUGAACAGUAAAAAGUCCAAAAAGAUCUUUAGAAAUAGCCCGGACGGAUCUGACGCCUACAACGAAGAGUGUCCGUACUCCGACCUCGACUCAGUCCCUAAGAUUUUGUGUCCUAAAGCACUCGAGCGGCAGCAAAAACUGGCUCCGCCUCAGUCGUCUGUGACAGUCGUCAAAGAGGUGAAGAAGCAGCCGGAGAUCCAGAGUGGUCUUUGGUUCAGUAAAUCAGGCAAAGACAGGCGGCCGAAAACAACCAGUUCAGUGCCAGACCGCACUCUGUUCAGCAAGGCGUCGUGUAAGAAGAAGAACCUUCCCGUCGUCGGUAAGAAGACGGUGGUUCCCGGCGUCUCGUCAGCUGUCGGUGAGCCGUCAGUGAUGCCAGACAAACAGAAGCCUGCUGAAGCAAAUCCUCCUCCUGUGCCGUCGGGACACUCGACGAGUAAAAACACCUCUGUUUCCAACGGGCCUGUCGGUACGACCAGUGGCCUUCCUGACCAAUCAGAACCUUCAGAAAAGCACAAGUCUCCGAGCUCUGCUGAGACUGCCGUGCUGUCCCGGUCGAGACACUCAAAGUGUCUGCAGACGCUCAGCACUACAACGAGCGCUCUUAUUGGCAAAUUGUCAGACCAGUUUGGAAGCUUAGAUGUUAAAAGUUCUCAGGAGCCCAGCAUGAAAAUCAGCUCUGGGGUCCAAACUGGGUGUUCACAAAGUGUGAAUGUGAGUGUCAGUCAAAGUAAAAGUCCGGACACGAUAACCAAGAAAAAAGUCACUUUAGUUGACAGGGUUUCCAAUCAGCCAGAGAAAAAGGACCGUAGCAAAACCCCAGUGCCCAACGCUGUCACCCCUGACCCCAUGUCAAUCCUCGAGAAGCAAGCGAGUCUGGUCUCCAAGUGCAGGCUCCCGUAUGUCAAAUUAAUACGCAGAAACAUAGAGGAUAGCAAGUUCUUCAGUGCCAGAGUAACCCUGAAACCCACUGAGCAAACGGCAAACACAAGCACUGAAAAACCACCAGACAAAGACAAUAAUGGGACUAAAAAAUCCUCCAGGCGUCCGUCGGACAGAGCGGACAGCAAAACAAGCGUCCCCUUAGAGAAGAUCCUCAGUUCAGAGAAGAUAAAGGUUUCAGUGGUGAAGUUAAAAACCUGCGGGGACAACGGAACGUUCCGCCUCUCGUCAGAAUCAUCGCCGGAGAAAAGUGUCACGGUCUCCACUGUGGAGAGUGUGACUGCGGAGGAGUCGGGGAGCGCAGAGCUGGAGAGGGAACCAGGUUUAAACGUAAGCCCGAGGAAUUCUAAUCAGUCAGAAAGUAAGAAACUCGCUCCCUCUAAUGCAACGAACACGACUUCCGACCACUCCGACAGAACAGCAACGUCUGACACCGGUGCAUGUGAUAGUAAAACUGCUGCUCCUCAGAAGCCAGCGAGAUGUUUGGACGGAGAAAAACAAAAGGUAAAGGAAAGAGAGGAAGUAAAACUGCAGACGCCAACAGCCGUGACGCGCCAAGAACAAACGAACGACAAUCAGAAGCAAGGUCGUUCAGAAUCCACGAGUGCAAAGGUUUCUGAAGACCCGACCCCUGACAAAUCCAAGACCGUUGUCCGCACGCAAUCAAAGCAGGUUCCACAGGAAGUACAGAAAGUACCGGUGCAGCCUGCUCACCUCCCAGCCAGCGGUCGCUUGAUGACCAGAGCUCUGAAGGCCAUGCAGGAGGUGGAGCAGAAGAAGAACAAGAAGGGGAAAGCUCAGCAGAAAGAAUCCUUAGAUCCACCGAGAAAAGCUGAGGAUUCACCAAACUCCAACCGGAGUCUAAAACCCAAACACAAGCUAAGCACUAAAGUAAAACCUGUGAAAUCGAAGCUUAAUAAAAACACUGAGUCUGAUCAGGACACACUCUCCAGCUGUAGCAGCCCCAAUUUAACGUCCUCCAGUUCCGCUGACGUUGACACCGACGUCAAAAGCGAAGAUGAAGACCACUCGAUAUCCUCGACGCCGCCGAUGGACUUCAUACCCCUCACUUCUUCGGUGAAGGCGAAAAAGGAAGAUCACGCCUCUGCCAAAAGGUCGCCGUCCUCGCCUCCCUCACCGUUCUCCUUCAUGAACGCCUUUAAAAGUGUGAAGGAGGUUUCCUUCCAGUCUGUGACGAGCGAGGGCCACGGCAAACCCGUCUCCUUCACGCCAAACUCCAACUACAAGUUCAGCACUUUCCUCAUGAUGUUGAAGGACCUGCAUGACACCAGAGAGCGAGACGGGGCCCCCUUUGAGCUGGACAUCGGGCCCCCGAGUGCACAUGUGAAGGAGGAGCCGUCAGUGAUGCCUCCUGAGGUUAAACCUGCGGGGCAAGAUGUUAAUAACAAUUCAAAAUCAAGUCCAGACAAAAUCAUCGUCACACACUGUGAGGACGGCAAAAGUCAGAAGUUGAAGCGGCCGUACAACAGAAGGAGCUGCGCCGGAGUCAAGAAGAGAACCAACCACAAAGUGCCUUGUUCUCCUGCCAGGUCUGGACCUGGUUUCCCCGGCCUGGAGUCCUCGCCCACCCUGGACUCUUCAUCAGGACUGGACUGCUCCUCGAGGGUCCAGUCGUUGUUGGGCAUGCAGGUGAGCGGGUGGGAGAACCGGGCCGGAGCUGAUGAAGAAGUGGCCCGCGGGGAGGAAGUGGAGGAGACGUGGAGCAGAGUGAGCGAGAAUCUACAGAACAUGAUGACGCCUGUGGAGCAGCAGCAGCAGCAGCAGCAGCAGUCGUCUGACGCGAGGCUGGGUCUGGAGACGAGGAAAGGCCUCGCUGGAGACCGCAUGAACGAGACCAACACGAGCUUCACGCACAUCGCCAGAGGACAUGAGAAGUCUCCAUCAGGAGCUCACAAACGAAUACGAAAGCCAAGCAAGAGGCUGCUGGAGUGGACGGGCGAGUACGAUCAGAUUUUCUCCACGAGGAAGAAAAACAAAAAGCCUCUUCAGUCGCUAGAAAAGAGCGCUGAACCUCUCACGUCCAUGUCUGGACACGCGGGACUGGACAAGAACUCAUCACACGACCACUCGUCCCUGAACUCACUUCCUGAAAUCCAGACGCCACCUCCGGAGGAAACUGGUGCAACAACAACAACGACGACAACGAUGUCCCCGGAACUCCAGAUUCCCAACACUGAAGACGCGUCAUGUCCCCGAGAUACACCGGUGCUGUCCAUCGACACGCUGACCCCCCCGCCUGAAGCUGAGCCCACGCCCUCAGACCGCCUUGUCAAAGAUUACACAGGUAACGCUCCACUGCUGGAGAGGAAGAGGAAGAGGAAGCCCACGCAGAAGAUCCUGGAGUACUGUCUGGAGGCCGAGGCUUCACCGGUCCCCAAGAAGAAGGUCAAAACACUAAAAGCCACUUCAAACCCCGCCCCUCAGUCAGAUUCAGGACCACCACCUUUAAAACUGAAGAGACAGCAGCUGACGGCGUUUACACCAGCGACGCAGGAGGAUUCUACUGCUCCGCCCGCGCCCUCCAUUCAGACCACACUCACUCCUGUCACUCCUGUCACUCCUGUACCUGCUGUCCGUCCUGUGACUGUCACUCCUCCUCCUCCUCCUCCUCCACCUCCACCACCACCACCUGAACCCAGGCCUGUGGAUCCAGAGUCCGCCGACAUGGACGCUCCUGAGCCUGAGGACAGAAACUCUCAGGAGGUGAAGAAGGACGCAGCAGAAUCAGAGGGCGACUCGUCCAGCCUGGACCACAGCUUCUCCUCCAUGAAGGAAGACUUCUCGCUGUGCGACGACCCACGUUUACCCUCGAGGAAGAUCAUCGGAGACCGAGGUGGCCCUGCCUCCAUGAAGGAGAACAUCUGUCAGGUGUGUGAAAAGACAGGGGAGCUUCUUCUCUGUGAGGGUCAGUGCUGUGGAGCUUUCCACCUGGCCUGCAUCUCUCUGGCUCAGGCACCAAAGGGGAAGUUCAUCUGUCCUGAGUGCACAUCAGGCAUCCACACCUGCUUUGUGUGUAAAAAGCGCAGUGAGGACGUGCGGCGUUGCAUGAUCCCCGUGUGUGGGAAGUUCUACCACGGCGAGUGCAUCGCCAACUACGCCGCGACGGCGCCCGUGAACCGAGGUUUCCGCUGCUCGAUCCACGUGUGCCUCACCUGCUUCAUCGCCACUCCCAACAGCGUGUCCAUCUCUAAAGGUCGUCUGGUGCGGUGUGUGCGCUGCCCGGUGGCUUAUCACGCCACAGACCUCUGCAUGGCGGCCGGCUGCGUCGUCCUCUCCAACAACAGCAUCAUCUGUCCCAACCACUUCACUCCCAGACGCGGCGUCAAGAACCACGAGCACGUCAACGUCAGCUGGUGCUUCGUUUGUACGGAGGGGGGCAGUCUGCUGUGCUGCGAGUCCUGUCCUGCUGCCUUCCACCGAGAGUGUCUCAACAUCGAGAUGCCUAAAGGCAGCUGGUUCUGCAACGACUGCAAGGCGGGGAAGAAACCUCGCUUCAAGGACAUCCUGUGGGUGAAAGUGGGGCGUUACAGGUGGUGGCCAGCAGAGGUCAGCCAUCCCAAAACGAUUCCAGAGAACAUCCAGCGCAUGAAGCACGACGUCGGUGAGUUCCCCGUCCACUUCUUUGGCUCCAACGAUUACCUGUGGACGUACCAGGCCAGAGUCUUCCCGUACAUGGACGUGGACGCCAACAGCAAAGAGAAAAUGGGGAAAGGCGUCGACGCCACCUACAAGAAAGCUCUGGAGGAGGCGGCCGUGCGAUUCCGAGAGCUGCAGGCAGAGAAGGAGCUGAGGCAGCUUCAGGAGGACAGGAAGAACGACCGGAAACCUCCUCCGUACAAACACAUCAAGGUGAACCGACCGAUCGGAAAGGUCCAGAUUCUGACGGCCGACCUGUCGGAGAUCCCGCGCUGUAACUGCAAGGCCACAGACGAGAGUCCGUGUGGUCCGGACUCAGAGUGCAUCAACCGCAUGCUGCUGUACGAGUGUCACCCACAGGUUUGUCCGGCAGGAGAGCGAUGUCUCAACCAGGCGUUCAGCAAGCGUCAGUACAGUCAGGUGGAGAUCUUCAGGACGCUGUCGCGAGGCUGGGGACUCCGCUGCGUCCACGACAUCAAGAAGGGUCAGUUUGUGAGCGAGUACGUGGGGGAGGUGAUCGACGAGGAGGAGUGCAGGUCGAGGAUCCGACACGCUCAGGAGAACGACAUCUGUAACUUCUACAUGCUCACGCUGGACAAGGACCGGAUCAUUGACGCGGGGCCAAAGGGGAACGAGGCUCGCUUCAUGAACCACUGCUGUCAGCCCAACUGUGAGACGCAGAAGUGGACGGUGAGCGGAGACACUCGCGUGGGACUGUUCGCUCUCGUGGACGUUUCUGCAGGCACAGAACUCACCUUCAACUACAACCUGGAGUGUUUGGGAAACGGGAAGACGGUGUGUAAGUGUGGAGCGUCCAACUGCAGCGGCUUCCUGGGCGUCAGGCCUAAGAACAACCCUCCGUCUGAGGACAAAGGUCGGAAGCUGAAGAGGCGAGGACACGGGAAGAGGAAGAGCAAGGCCGUCGUCACCAAGGAGAGAGAGGACGAGUGUUUCAGCUGCGGAGACGGAGGACAGAUGGUGUCCUGUAAGAGACCGGGAUGUCCUAAAGUUUACCACGCAGACUGCCUCAACCUCACCAAGAGGCCUGCAGGUCGAUGGGAGUGUCCGUGGCACCAGUGCGACAUCUGCUUCAAAGACGCGGCGUCCUUCUGUGAGAUGUGUCCGAGUUCUUACUGUAACCAGCACCGCGAGGGUUUGCUCUUCAUCUCCAAGCUCGACGGGAAACUGUGCUGCAGCGAACACGACCCCUGCGGGCCCGACCCGCUCGAACCGGGGGAGAUCCGCGAGUACAAGCCCGAGCCCAGAGCCCUGACCUCGGGUCUGGGCAUGGCCGUCAUCCCGUCCGCUGCUCCGAACACAACCGCCGGUCUGAACCCGACCACCAGGACCAGGCUCCGGGAGAUCGGCGCCGGUGCUGGACCUUCUGAGUCAUUUCCUGCUUUUUCCAUCCCAGUACCCAUCACCAUUCCCGUGGCUCCUCCCCCCAGCAGCUCUGAUCCUCCCAGCAGCCCACAGAUGUUCGACCUCCCACACUACUCACCCAUCUCUUCUUAUGAUGAGGAGGAGGAGGAUGAGGAGGAAGAGGAGGAGGAGCUGUUAGGAGAGGUGGAGGAAGAGUUAGAAGACGAUGGUGAAGUGGGGAGGCAGAAAUCAGACCGCCGCGACGACGAUGGAGAGGCGGAGGUGGAAGAGGUCGGGCUGGAAUAUCUGGAGAUUAAAGAGGAUGAGGAGGACGAUGAGGAGGAGGAAGAAGAUGAGGAGGUAGAGGAGGAGGAUGAAGAGGACGAGGAGGAUUAACAGACAGUAUAAAAAUAUUAUUUAUGAUGGCACAGGAAAUGGAGAAGGCGUAGCAGUGAGGAAACCAACAACACUACAGGAGUGGUAGCAGUGCGUCACUGAGCGUCCUGAGAUGUCACUCGCCGGCUCAGUGACUUUGCACAAACCGGCUGCACCUUUAUAUCAACAGACAAAAUCACCCACGACAGUGCGUUUCACUCCCGUUCCUGCAUUUUUCACCAAGUUCACCUGCUGGUCUGGUCUGGUUUUCCCGUGAGGUCGUAGUUCACGUUUCAUGUUCGGGCUGGGUGCAAGAAUAUAGAUUUUUCCAAUUCAUAAAGUCCUGAGAUGGAUCGUUCUCACAUCACUUCCUGUGUCCUCUAGUCAUCGAUGGUGUAGAAGCAGAAAUACGUCACUGAGAGCGCAUGGAUGCAGACUCACGGCACCCUCUGCUGCACUUCUAGGCUGGAUAUUUGGAACAUGUGACUGUGCUGUAGAGUUGCACUGUGUGGUCCAACUUUUGUACAACUUGUAGCAUUAGAUCUGUGAAUAUCUUCUUUCAUCAUCAAGCAAAACAUUGAUAUGGAAACUGAAAUCUGCCCCAAAAAAGGACUAAGAACUCAAAUCAAAUCAGGAAAAUCAGUCGCGAUGCCCCGCGUGAUUUCAGUGACUGUUCUGUGGGUGGAGCAGGUGACCUGCGGAGGCUUCAUGUAGCUGCUGAGUGUGCGUUUGUUACAGGAAAGAACUUCUGCAGCGCGCGCUCGUCGACAGACCCGCGUGUCGUCGUGAUGGUGGCUGUGUUUUAAAAAGAAAACAAUCACUGUAUCUGGACUGGAGUGGACUGGACUGACACGCGUGUGUUUAGGGUUCUAUGUGACGCGCGUGCUGCCGGUGACGUCAUCUUUCCUGCAGGUGUGCACAGGUCGCCUCGGUCGUGAAAAUCUUCUCCACAACAUUUCAUGCCAAAAACGAGAGAGGUCCUUAAAAUGACAGCGAGUUACUGUUUGAGUGAGACUAGAAAAGACAGUAUUUAUUCCAUCAUGGGACAGUGACACUGUACGAUCAAGAGAUUAGAAGUUUUAUUUCCUCUUCUGACGCACAAAUGAGGGGGCGAUGAUGUCAUCGCUCCCCUCUUCUCAUUCUCGACUCGCUGACGGGGGGAACGAAGGUCGUGGGACAGAACGAUGGGACUGCCGCCAUGAUGCUUGCACUUCUGUAUGUGUUCUUACCACGUGUUUAACUCUACAAGCUUAUAAUAUUGUGUGUGUGUGUGUGUGUGUGUGUGUGAUCUGCCAACGCCUUAGAGUGUGUUUCUGAGGAACGCUUCGGCAUCUGUGAGAGCCGAGGCCUUUUUACAGCGAUGUGUCAUCCCAGUGUAAUUAUGACCGGUUAGAUCUUCAACCAUUGACCUGUUAACUGCUAUAUAAAAAUAUAAGAUGUUACAAAAUAA